UCAUGUCUGGACUGUUGGGUGUUCGACUGCUGCUGCUGUGGGGCUGCGCCUGCCUCUGGCUGCCCGGCCUGGCCCGGGGGGCCCUGGUCAUCUCCAAGGACCAUGAAGCUCCACAGGAGUCAAGAGGAGCUGCCAGAUCACUGCAGAAAAGAAGCACAAAUGAGGUCAAGGUGGAGGUGUACAGUGUGACAGUGGACUGCACGGUGACGUCUCGUUUCGCCCACACCGUCAUGACCUCCAAGGCCCUGAACACAGCAAACUCCUCCCAGGAAAUCUUCUUCGAAGUGGAGCUGCCCAAGACCGCCUUCAUCACCAACUUCAGCAUGGAAAUCGAAGGUCAGGUGUAUGCUGGGGAGGUGAAGGAGAAAGAAAAAGCUAAGAAACAAUAUGAGAAGGCUGUUUCCUCUGGACAGACGGCUGGACUGGUCAAGGCCUCUGGGAGGAAGAUGGAGAAGUUUUCAGUGUCUGUCAACAUCGCAGCCAAAAGUAACGUGACUUUCAUUCUGACAUACGAGGAGCUCCUUCAGAGGAAACUGGGCCAAUAUGAGAUUUUAACCCGAGUUAAACCCAAGACACCUGUCCAGAAGUUUGAGAUUGUGGCAAACAUCUAUGAGCCUCAGGGCAUUACUUUCGCUGAUGCCCAUGCAACCUUCCUGUCCAAUGACCUGCUCCCCCUGGUGGAAAAAACUGUCACAGACAAAAAGGCACACAUCUCUUUCUCACCAACUAUGGAGCAGCAGAGGAAGUGUCCCGGCUGCGAUGGCACCCUCAUCGAUGGAGAUUUUAUCAUCAAUUAUGAUGUAAACCGAGCACAGGGCCUCGGUGACAUUCAGAUUGUGAAUGGAUACUUUGUGCACUUCUUCGCUCCCACCGACCUGCAGAGAGUCCCAAAGAAUGUGGUGUUUGUGAUUGACAAGAGCGGAUCAAUGAGUGGAGCAAAGAUGAGACAGACACGAGAGGCAUUGCUGGAAAUCCUCAAAGACAUGCACGAGGAGGACUACUUUGCCCUCAUCCAGUUUGAUUCCAGCAUCAGUUCCUGGAGGGAAUCACUUAGCAAAGCAACCAAGGAAAAUGUGGCCGAAGCCAUGGCCUACGUGAGACAGUUAACGAGCAAUGGAGGAACCAAUAUCAACGAGGCAGUGUUGAGAGGUGUUUACAUGCUGAUCAAAGACAGGCAAGAGGAGAGGCUCCCUGAGAGGAGCAUUGAUAUGAUUAUUUUACUCACUGAUGGAAAUCCAAAUGUGGGAGAGUCUAGCCUCCCGAGGAUCCAGGAGAAUGUGCAUUCUGCUAUUGGAGGAAACAUGUCUCUGUUCUGUCUGGGAUUUGGAAAUGAUGUGGAUUACUCCUUCCUGGAUGUGAUGAGCACACAAAACCAGGGACUGGCCCGCAAGAUAUAUGAAGCUUCAGAUGCAACACUUCAACUCAAGGGUUUCUAUAAUGAAGUGGCCAGCCCUCUGCUCUCGGAGGUGGACCUGCGUUACCCUGACAGUGCAGUGGACUUCGUUACCACCAACCACUUCAGCCAGUUGUUUAAUGGCUCAGAGAUCGUGGUGGCUGGUCGGCUGACAGACAACGACCUGGACAACUUCCUGGUGGAGGUGUUAGGGCAGGGGUUUGAGGAGGACUUCAAAGUGCAGGGCCAGGCCAGUGCUAUUGACUGGGAUGUCAUGUACCCAGACGAGGAGUACAUCUUUGGGGAUUUCACCGAGCGUCUCUGGGCCUAUCUCACCAUCCAGCAGCUACUGGAGAAGAGCAAGAGUGGUUCCCCAGACGAGAAAGGCAACGCCACAGCCAAGGCGCUGGACAUGUCUCUGCAAUACAGCUUCGUCACCCCACUCACCUCCAUGGUCGUCACCAAGCCUGAAACUGAGGACGGAACAGACAGCCCUCUCAUUGCGGAUAAGCUGACUGAGGAGCAAAGACAACAGGCAGAAAGAGUGGCACAUCGAAUGCCAACUCCUGCAGUGUUCUCACAUUACCAGCCACCACCCACAUAUUUUGUGGACGGAGAUCCUCAUUUCAUGAUAGAGCUGCCAGACAGAGAUGACGCUCUGUGCUUCAACAUCAACAACAAACCAGGAACCAUUUUCGCUCUGGUCAGAGACCCAGAAUCAGGUAUUUUGGUCAAUGGCCAGAUAAUUGGAGACAAGAAAAUUCCCCCCAAUGGCAAAAUUAACACGUACUUCUGGCGGUUUGGCAUCGUCCACCAGACUCUGGGCGUGAGGCUGGAGGUGAGCACUCAUGACAUCUCAGUUUUCCAGGACGGCCAAAGGGUCAAGCUGCUGUGGUCUGAUACAGCCUCUCUCAAAGGGCCCAAUGUGGAUCUUCACGUGACCAAGGGUCGCAGCCUAAUGGUAACUCUAAAGGAUUCGGUCAAGUUUAUGAUCCUGCUACACAAAGUGUGGCAGAAGCACCCGUACCACCGGGACUACUUGGGUUUCUACACCCUGGACAGCCACCUUCUCUCCCCUUCUGUUCACGGCCUGCUAGGUCAGUUCUACCAUGGGAUUGAAUAUGAAGUGACAGACCUGCGCCCAGGAGAAGUCCCAGAGAAACCAGACGCCACCAUGUUUGUGAAAGGACGGGCGCUCAAUGUGACCAGAGGCUGGCAGAGAGACUUCAGGACGGAUGUGAAGAACGGAGAAAACGUUCCCUGCUGGUUCAUUCACGGAAGCGGAUCAGGCCUCAUCGACGGAGAUGAAAGGGAUUACAUCGUGUCAGGACUUUUUAAAACUGUUUGAAGACAGGUUAUAUAUCAGUGUCCACCACAGAAAAAUCACCACAAUCAUAGAAUAAAUAUUAAAAUCUGACUGCACUUACACCAUGAAUAAUCUAACAUCACAUACCCAAAGGCAAACAGGCCUCUUCAUGAGCGCAUUUCCUGGAAUCAUAAGAAUAACCCAAUAUAGUGAGAAGUCCUCGGAGACAGACUCAACUGUAUUUUGUAUUGGAAUAAAUGGACACAGAUCUUAAAGAUAGACUCAAGAUAGAUUUAUUCAUUUUAUUUCAGUUUUUCAUUGUUUCCAAUUGUUUAUUAUGACAGAAAAGGCUGUUUAGUGUUAGUGUCACAUCUUUACUUUGGUCAUUCCUCUGUUUUCCCUAAACCCAUGUUUGACUUUGAGAAUUUUUAUAACAAUAUUUUGUUAAUGUCUGGAGCUGACAGGAUGUACAAUGGGAUUUAAACUGUUUCCAAGCAGCUGCAACGCUGAUGAACAGUUCAUGUAAAGUCUAUUGUAGGAUUCCUAAACAACAUGAUACCUAAUAAAUCUUAUCUUGGUGGUAACAAA